AUGGAGCCGAAACCCGUCGCUGCUUCUUCUUCUCAAUCGCGUCCAUGGCUCGUCGUGUUAAUCUUCCUCUCGUUCGCCGUCACUCUCUACACACUUUAUCUCCUUUUCCCCGAAGUCUCGACCGAUGAGAAACUGCAUCUGAAAUACCCCCGAAAUCUGGAAGACGCCAAACAACUCGGUCGUGUUCUGUCGAAAUAUAAAGAGAACAACUAUACAGUAGUGUUGUGCAGUGUCGUCGUCGUCUACAUAUUCCUUCAAUCUUUCGCUAUCCCUGGAUCAAUUUUCCUUACUAUUCUAUCCGGAUAUCUCUUCCCAUUCUACGUGGCACUUCUUCUAGUCUGCACUUGCUCUGCGACAGGAGCAGCCAUCUGUUAUACUAUUUCUAUGCUUAUCGGUCGAGCGGCCAUCUUCUAUCUUUUCCCCGAGCGAAUCACCAAAUGGCAAGAGGAUCUCUCCCAACACAAAGACAACUUUUUGAAUUAUAUGAUUUUCCUCCGAGUGACACCGAUUGUGCCCAACUGGCUCAUCAACAUUGCGAGCCCUGUGUUAGACGUCCCGUUGGCUCCGUUCUUCUGGGGAACGUUCCUAGGUGUGGCUCCGCCCAGUUUCCUCUAUAUUCAAGCGGGAUCCACGUUGGAGCAGAUGACGCAUACGAGUGUUGCGUGGAGUUGGACGAGUGUUGCGAUGCUCACUGGAUCGGCGAUACUGUCGUUGGCACCGAUUUUGUUGAAGAAGAAGGUCAAGGCGGAUUAA